GGUGUUGUGUGUGCGCGGCGACGGAGCGAGCAAACGGAGCACAUACGUGCAUACGUAUACACACACACAUACACGCGCGCUGACGGCACAUCACGAUCCUUCUCUCGUCGUCAUCGUCGAGCGGCAACUUAACAGCUGGCCUAGCGUGGCCCGUGUCGCGGCUACGGAGAUGACCGCGGUGAUGGUCGUCAGUGACGAUCGUAGCGACAGCAUGACUACGAACAGCAGCCGGGAAGCGAACGCGGGGAUGUGAGCGCGCGAGAACGUAGCGCGUCGUCGCCCUGGCAAGAGACGACGGAGGACGCGCUGCUGCGAGCACGUCGUGUUGUUGCUACGCGAUAAACCAGGCACCACGAAGUGGCAAGGAGGCGGACGGCGAACUACCAGCAGUGGUGCAGCACGAUGGCUGACUUUGACGCGAUCUACGAGGAAGAAGAGGAAAUCGAGCAGAACAUGGAGGAGCACUACGUCGCCAUGGUGCCGGACCCGAUCGUGAUCCGCGGGGCUGGCAAUAUGACGGUAUUCGGUCUCAGCAAUCGUUUCGAAUCGGAGUUUCCUAACGGCCUCGUGUCACGUGUGGCUCCGGAAGAGUUUAAAGCGACUGUUAUGAGAAUAAACAGUGUGUUGAAAAAAACUCUACCUGUUAACGUUAAGUGGUUAUUCUGCGGUUGUGUAUGCUGCUGCUGUACUCUAGGAUGUUCUCUCUGGCCUGUCAUUUGUUUGAGCAAGAGGACUCAACAUUCGUUAAACAAAUUAUUAGAAUGGGAAAACAGUAGGCUCUACCAUAAACUCGGGUUACAUUGGAGAUUGGCGAAACAAAGAUGCGACAGCUCCUCCAUGAUGGAAUAUGUUCUUCUAAUUGAAUUUAUUCCAAAAAUACCGAUCUAUAAGCCCGAUUAAGUAAACAAUACGGGGAUCAUAUCCGAUUAAUAAUAAAUGGGUAUAAAUCUCGAUGCGAAUAUACAGGAUAUUUAUCGUGGAAGGUUUAUACGAUUUUUUGAGACUUUUGCUUUGGUAAUUUCAAGAAAAAGCUUUGGUCAAAGCUUUUUCUUCGAAUAACGAACAUCUGAUAUAUAGUCCAGUGCAAUUGCGAUUAAUGUGCAGAGAAAUGCUGAGAGGAUAAAAGUGCCGCUACACGACGAUAUAGGUACUCCUUAGUACUUAUGUAACACAUAUUUUUGUAAAUACCAUGGGUAGAGAAAUGCACAGUACAAUAAUUCGAGGUAACAAUGGCGUUUAAAAGUGGCGUUUCGGUUAUAGAGAGAAAGAAACAACAGCUGUUUGUCCAUUACUGAUUCGUAUAAGGACAUUGUGAGCGAGUUAGAUGAACAUUUCUUAUGCUUUACGUUCGAUUGAAAUUUUAAGGAAUGAAUAUGAUCUGUUUUUAUUUUUAUUUUUUUAAUUUUUCUACUGUUCUUUCUUCAUUUCUGCGAUUUUUUCGUGCCGAGAAACACGAGGCUCAAUAGCUUUGCCAGUUCUUUUUUUAGUUGUCGCGAAGUCGUGUAAACGUAAUAAUUUCGAAUAAUUUCGCAAUUGUCGAAAUCUCAAUUAUCCUUCCGAAGAAUUUUCACCGGAUUUUUCGUAGCGUUGUUUGCUAAUCCGUACUCGUCAAAUGAAGAGAGAAAGAGAAAGAGAGAGAGAGAGAGAGAGAGAGAGAGAGAGAGAGAGAGAGUUGGAACUUUUCAGGUAAGAAAUUAAUCUGAUUCAGUACAACGAACAUUAUAUUAAAAGUACGGAUAAUGAAAAGAACGGUAGAUCUCGCUGUGAAAGGAAAAUCAGUGCGUGCGUGCGUGUGACACGACCACAUGUAAACGCACUCAUCGCGCACGCGUGCGUCCAUAUUGUACAUACGUAUGUACGUGUACAUAUAUAUAGAAAAAGAAAAAGUUAUUUUAACAAUAGGUUAAUUUCUUACCACGGUGAUAUUAGAAAGUAUGGUGUAUGUAAAGCGCAGCUUUACUUCCCGAUACAAAUUCGACGAGAUAUUUUAACAUGAGAGCGAAUUAUUAUCCGGAAUCGGAGAAGCGGCACGUCGGUUUACGCGCGAUUUAGAAAGAUAUAUCAGACGCGAGGACACGUCAGAGGUAGCGCGAUCGCUGAUUAAACUAGAAUAUAUAUCGACGACAAGGUGGGAGAUCUUAAUUGCGAAACGCAGCAGUUUGGGAUAGGGCAAACAGUACGGCUAUCGACGAUUACAAUAGCGCGAUUGUGGAUACGGAAAAAACGGAGGAAGUAUCGGAAGAAGGUUGCCUUGAGUGCGAGUCUCUAUCGGUUUUUUAUCUCGUAAUGAAGGUCUCAGUGUCUCAACGCGCGCACGUAUCACCGUAAAUUCUCUGUUCACCGGGGAAACGGUUCCAAAAAAAAAAAUUAAAAUAUCACUAACACGUUCCGUGUCACGUGAGUCACGUGGGUAACCGGCACCGCUUCCCGUUCAGGCCAUUCGAUAUUUCGGCUCUAAAAAUGAAACGUGAAAUACUCCCGUUAUUAGAAUAAGACGCGUGUUAUUUAAUAGAUGUAACAUGACAACGCGAAUGCCCGCGGUGACCGGCGUGAAUGACAAGUGACGUAAAAUUGUCCCGACAUGGAACGUGUCGUGUGUACACGUGAUUUCGCGGCCAUGCAAACAUUGUUUCUCGAUAAGUAUUCAUUUUCUCCGAGUUAACACCCGAUUCGAUUCUCACUCGCAAAGUGGCUGACAAAGUCACGGGUACUGUUUACCCUAUUUUCUCGUUGAACUGAUGAACCGCUUCCUGCCGCCAGCUGCGGAAGCAAGACAGCGAGAUAUCGGGUUGAUGUCUCCCUGAUUGCGAAUCGCCGAGGAGCGUUCGGUCGUGUCGGCACUGUGUUUCAACAUUAACACUUUGAUAUGAUCCCGCACAGCGAUGUUUCUCUCCGCUAGCUAACUUGUCUAACACGCGAUUAAAUUACACCGUGGCGACCGUCGUCGGUCGCAUAGUUUUUUCACGCAUUAACCGGACACCAAGCGCAAACGAAUUUCACUCGUCGUCGUCGUCGUCGGGCGACCGCGAGAGAGAGAGAGAGAGAGAGAGAGGGGUUGUAGAAAGUAUGCGAAAAAAGCUUGUGACAAAGAACAAAAAUAUGCUGCAAGUGUUUCUGUUGCUGUUCAGUGGCUGUGAAACGAGAACAAAAGACUAGUUUCGAAUUUUUCGAAUUCGCGUGCUGCAACACGAGCUACGCGCAACACCCGUGCUUUAUCUUAACAAGGUUCUAUAUUUGAAGCCUUUUUGUAGAUUACCAGAUUUAAUCUGUUUUCUCUAACGUUUGUACUUACUCCCGUAGAAUGUAACUAAGUCGAUGCGACGACGUUCGAGUCGUAGAGACAUCUGUGUCAUUGUAGCGUUUAGUGAGAGGCGAUAUAUGUAUAUGUACACCGCCAUAUCUCUGAUUUUCAACCGAGCGAACCGUAGGUACGAUCCAUUUGUCAUCGAUAUCUCGAGAAACGAAAGAAAACGAAGGGGUACACGUAUUUGUACAGAUCCUCAUUUCACGCUUGGAGAUGCGAAAGGACGAAGAUCAAAUCGGGGAGCACACACACUCCCUCAUAACGCAUAAUACAUAAUGCAUAAGGAAGUGAAGUCUGGAGUUCUUCAUUUCCAUCGUACGUAACAUUGACAAACAAAGGAUUCUGAUUGGUUCAUUUCUCAUUGUGCGUUAUGUAUCAUGCGUUAUGCAGAAGUGUGUGUGUGCGUCCCCCACUUUAUAUUCUCAACAAUUUGUCGGGUAACUAUCAUGUUGCGAACAAUAGGUGCGUUGUAAGCGUUGUAAGCGAUCAUAAAAAAAUUAAACCGGCUCCAGACGUUGCGGCAAAUAUAUUAUUAAAUAUUAUUAAACAUAACGAAAAGAUCUGUAUGAAAGUGUAAAAAUUUAUGUAA